CUCGAGGUCAAGCUCCGUGUCCGCGACUCCACAUUCACCUUCAAGCCUAUCGCUACCGAUUACUGGGGACACACUGCCCAGGUUCAUCACUCCACAGUCCACAGCAAAAGAAACGAGCGCAACCGCAAUCAUGGCUGACACUGAAUCCCCCGAGCGCAAGCCUCGCAAGUCCGUCGCAUUCUCCGAGGGCACCACAAUCGUCGACAGCGAUGGUCAGGUUACUGAAUCGAAGGAGACAAACGGCACCGACGACCAGGACGUUGAGGAGGUCACCAAGAUGUUCGACGAUCUAGCCAAGAAGAAGAAGAAGAAGUCGACCAAGAAGAAGGAGGGCGAGGAGGGCGAGGACGCUGCCGAGGGUGACUUCGCUGCGCUCAAGAAGAAGAAGAAGGUCAGCAAGAAGAAGGUUGAAGACGACUUCGAGGCCAAGCUUGCUGCUGCUGGUGGCGACGCCGCUGAGGAGGAGGCACCUGCUGCCGAAGAGGAGGAGGUCCAGGAGGGCGACAUGAUGAAGGGCACCGGCAUCUGGUCGCACGAGAACACAACCGCGAUCAAGUACGAUAUGCUCCUGAACCGAUUCUUCACACUGCUCCACUCGCAACACCCUGAUCUCGCCGGCAACAGCGUCAAGAGCUACAAGAUCCCGCCACCGCAGUGUCUCCGUGAAGGAAACAAGAAGACCAUCUUCGCCAACAUUGCCGAGAUUUGCAAGAGGAUGAAGCGUACCGAUGAGCACGUUACCCAGUUCUUGUUCGCUGAAUUGGGUACCAGCGGUUCCGUUGACGGUUCCCGUCGUCUGGUUAUCAAGGGUCGUUUCCAGCAGAAGCAGAUUGAGAACGUUCUCAGGCGAUACAUUGUCGAAUACGUCACCUGCAAGACCUGCCGUUCUCCCGAUACAGAUCUUUCCAAGGGCGAGAACCGUCUCAGCUUCGUCACCUGCAACAGCUGCGGGUCCAGGCGUUCCGUCCAGGCCAUCAAGACCGGUUUCUCCGCACAGAUCGGCAAGCGAAGGAGGAUGAUCAAGACUUAAUGAGUUUACGUUUGCGCUUUACGGGUAUCGACAUGCAUUUGCUUGGCUGGGUUGGCGGGCGCUACGGAUGUCAUGGCGAUUCGCGCGUUCGGAUGACGGUGUGGCAAUGGGGUAUGAUAUGCACGGCUUGGUGUACAAGACUAUAUAGGAGUGGCUCAUGUAUAUCGACUCACGACGCAAUCAAAAGUUCUCCGAGGGUGUUCCUUGGAUAUCCCAAUAUUCUACGUUGCCAGAGUUGAAUCUGUCGACCGCGCAGAGAUAGAGAUUCCUCUCCUUACGUAUGUCCAAGAAUCGUCAAGUCCAAGAAUUCCAAAGGAUGGAAAUUCGCAGAUUAUACAGCUGGACGUCAGCAAAUCACAUCUG